AUGAAGAGACUUCCAGGCAGAUGGGAUAAGACAUCACACAUUAAAAUCAGGAAAUUCCGCCGCCCCUCCCAAGUAUUUGAUGAGCUGCGACAGGUAACUCCCAAGUCACAGGCAAUCGAGGGAAUCCAAAAAGCCCAAAGGACGAACAAACGAGAAAACCACAAAAAGGUAAUAAGCGAAGAUAUGGACGAGAUUAGAGAUAUACACCUCAAGCAGAUCUACGUCCUCCAAUCCCCAACGAAACUGAAGAGAAAGCGAAAGGGGGAAGGAACAAGGUGA